CGAUUCACUUGCCUGCUCUCAUUCAUCCCAUCCAUGAUCCGUGUUUCGGGAUCCAUUGAGCACCCUGGCCCGGGCCAGCACGAAGCAGAAACCGGGGAUUUGCUGUUUUCCUCCGCUGUCAGACACUUUGAACCGAUCACGGUCGUUUUUCUCACUACACGUGUUCAACGUCAUUAGCAGUCCCCCCGUGAAAUGCACGCGGACGAGUCUGAUUGAAUGGCACGUUUGGGUCCCGUAAGCGUACGGACGUCUGGCCGUUGGCGGAGAGAGUACCGCAGCUUUGCGUCAAAGCCAGCUAAAGCUAAACCGUGGUAGUCAGCAAGAAAGACCGUUAACCGCCACGUUACCCCGGUAGCUAGCCAGACAAGGGGAGGUUAUUUUGGGCACAGCUGCUGACCCGCACGUUCUCGGUUUACCGUCAUUUCCACCGGAGCUGUCAGCGGUGACGGCUGUUUGAAUAACAGCUAACCUUGUGGCGGCACCGGGGGCUGGGUAGUAACGGCUUUCUGAAACGGCUGCCACAAAAAUCCAGGAGAAACCAAAGAAAGAAAAUUCGGUAAACCGCAUAACUUAAACCUUGCUUCUUAGCUAACACAUGAGGCCCAGCUGAAAGGAUGGACCUGAAUUUUUAUUCGGAUUUGACGGACGGUGCCGGGCAGCACGGUGGUCCUGAGUUCCUGGAUCCACAGUCCUUCAAUGGAUUUGACUCUGACAACAAGUUCCCUGGAGGCAGUGACAACUACCUGGCCAUUUCUGGGUCCGGCCAUCCCUUCCUCUCUUCUUCUGAGACGUUCCACACUCCCAGCCUCGGUGAUGAGGAGUUUGAGAUCCCUCCCAUCUCUCUGGACCCAGACUCGGCUCUCACCGUGUCCGAUGUGGUGUCUCACUUCGGGGAGCUCUCGGACACCGGUCCCUCGGACAGCGUGGUGGUGCCGGGCAACGCCGUGGUGGAAGGGGAUGACCCAUCCUUUGCUUCCACUUAUGUCAGCGCCCCCUCGCAGGGGCUGGAGCACCUGAGUCUGGGAGUCAUGAACCAGUCGGGAGGAAGUGCUCUGUUGGGGUCGUCGCUGGGAAUGGAUCUGGGUCACCCCAUCGGCUCUCAGUUCAGCAGCUCGUCUCCGGUUACCAUCGACGUCCCGCUUGGUGACAUGAGCCAGGGCUUACUAGGAUCUAACCAGCUAACCACUAUAGACCAGUCAGAGCUCAGUGCUCAGCUGGGGCUUGGUCUGGGAGGUGGAAACAUACUUCAGCGACCUCAGUCACCAGAAAACCCUUUGUCUGCUACAGCGUCGCCCACCAGUUCACUCCAAGAUGAUGACAUGGACGACUUCAGAAGGAGCGUACUUGUUGAAUCUCCGGUCUCUCUGGGCGUCUCCUCCGGAGUCAUCUCCCUGGAUCCCUCUCUGUCCGAGUCGCCGCUCUCCGCUCCGACCUCCAGCGUCUCGGCGGCUGUCGGACGGAAAGGAGGGGCAGGAGGAGGGAAGAAGGGGAAAAAGAAGAAAGACCCCAAUGAGCCUCAGAAACCUGUGUCGGCCUACGCCUUGUUCUUCAGGGACACGCAGGCAGCCAUUAAAGGACAGAACCCCAACGCUACGUUCGGAGAAGUCUCCAAGAUAGUGGCCUCCAUGUGGGACAGUCUGGGGGAGGAGCAGAAACAAGUUUACAAAAGGAAAAACGAAGCAGCAAAGAAGGAUUAUUUGAAAGCGUUGGCAGAGUACAGAGCAGGCCAAGUUUCUCAGGCCACGAUUGAAGUCAUGGACACCGAACCAUCGCCGCCACCUCCUGCUCCCGCAGUCCCAUCCACACCCGUCACUACUCCGACCACUCGCCCCACCAGGUCCCAGCACUACAACCCCGAAGAGAACACCAUCACCAACAUCUGUACCUCCAACAUCAUCCUGGACCUGCCUCAGGUCACCACACGCUCCAAAACCGGCGCCAUCAAGCCACAGCCUCCGCCCGCCAGCGCUACUCCGAACCCCCCCACUGUCACCAAGAUCAUCAUCAAGCAGACGCCGCUGCCUUCCGGCGGCGUAUCUGUCACCGCCACGACCGCCUCGUCGCCACGCCAGCCGCCGCCGCUGCAGCAGAUGCAGAGCACCCCUCCCCCGCCCCGACUGCAGCAGAUGGUGCCCGCCCAGGCGCCGCCACCUCUGCAGGCCAAACCACGCAGCGGGGGCACAGCCGCCGCCUCUGCUCCACCUCCGCUGCAGAUCAAGGUGGUCCCUUCCUCAAGGCAGUCGGAUUCGGUGGCGCCGAUCAUCGUCACGGCAGCUAGUGAAACAUCUGCGACGCGGCCGUCCUCUUCGGUAUCUGAGGUGGGACAGACUGACGGAGCGGUGACGGCAGGAGAGGAAGUUGCAGACGGAGAGGAAGGAAUGGAAGUGGAGCUGAACGUGGCUCCCGGUCCAAGCGUGACCCCCACAGCCAGUCCCAAUAUAUGCGUACGUGCCGGCUGCACCAACCCCGCCGUGGACAGCAAAGACUGGGACAAGGAGUACUGUAGCAACGAGUGUGUCGCCACACACUGCAGAGAUGUGUUCAUGGCCUGGUGUGCCAUCCGGGGGCAGAACUCCACCACGGUCACAUAGGGACGGAAAUACCACACACAGACAAAUGAACAAAGAACAUAUGAAAUGCAAACAACCAUGAACCACUUACCAAUAGACUCAGGUUUGGGUACUCUAUGAAUCUUUUUGUCAUGCUCAUUUCAUCUCUGGGAAGAGGACAAAGAAAGUGGCUGCAGUGUAGCUUCCUGCUGCAGUCUCUCCCUUCAGUUGGCCGGUACUGUAGUUACGAUGGCUCCCACAGAUAAUGGAUGGCUCUUCUGCUUCAGAUAUUUCCUACUGAGCAUCUAUUAUGAAUUAAAAAUAUGGACUUCAUGAAGAAAAAAUAACAUUUUAUAUGGAGUUUUGGUGUUUUUAAUUGUUUUGCGGAGAUUAAAAAAGAAAAAAGUGCAGGAAGAAUCUUGCAGAUACAUUCAUUUUAUUAUAAUCCCUUCAAAAAUUCUGCUUCAUAAAUGUAUGCUGAUCCCUUCAUUGUAAAUUCAGGACUGAUGGAUGUGAAUGAGGCGUGUUCAUUUGGUCGCGUGAUGUGUUUAUACCGAGUUGUCGCCGGCCACUUCGGAGAUUUAAGACCAACAUCUGCAAAAGAGCACAAACAGCCUUUAAGCUACGUUCGAUGUGUACAAGAGGGUUCAAGUAAAAGUCAUGAAAAACCAGUGUCACAUGAGUCUGUAAAAGCCUCAUUUAAGGAACUUCAGACCUUCAAAUCAGGUGCUAAUAUUUGUGUCGUCCUCAUUUCUUCCUGCAGCAUUAAAGCUUUUUAAUUAUGUAGUGUACAUUUUGUUUUAUGAGGAAGAUU